GCCCCGCCCCCCAAGAUGGCGGCGCUGCCGCUUCCGACCUUCCCGCCACCGCCCUCCCAACUGCGACGUCACCGCCGUCGUCAUCGUCGUCAUCAUCGGCGGCGGCGCGGGCGGCGCGAGGGCCGCCGGGAAGGGCGCGCGGAGGCGGUGGCGGCGGCGGCGCUCCCACGACGGCUGUCCCGGCGCGCGGGGCGGGAGCGGCGGGUCCGCGGGGGCGCGCGCCGCUCCGCGCGCUCCUCCCCCUCCUGCCCGCGCCGCUCCGCGCUCAGGCCCGGGAGGACGGACCCCCCCCUCGCCCCCUCCCACCCUCUCCGCCCCGGGCGGCGGCGGAGGAGGCGGCGGGGAGCGGCGCGGCAGCGCAAGGAGCAGUACAAAAUGUCAAAAAUUAGAAGGAAGGUCACAGUGGAAAAUACCAAGACCAUAUCCGAUAGCACAUCCCGAAGACCCAGUGUAUUUGAAAGGCUUGGACCCAGCACUGGAAGUACUGCAGAGACACAGUGCCGUAACUGGCUGAAGACUGGCAACUGCCUCUAUGGGAACACAUGUAGAUUCGUACAUGGCCCUUCACCACGAGGUAAAGGCUAUAGCAGCAGUUAUAGAAGGUCACCAGAAAGACCUACUGGAGAUCUUCGGGAAAGAAUGAAGAACAAACGUCAAGAUGUUGAGGCAGAGCCACAGAAGCGAAGUACAGAGGAAUCAUCCUCUCCUGUUAGGAAAGAGUCUUCACGAGGAAGACACAGAGAAAAGGAGGAUAUCAAAAUUACAAAGGAGCGAACACCAGAAAGUGAAGAGGAAAAUGGGGAUUGGGAAACAAAUAGAGAAGACUCUGAUAAUGGAGAUGUUAAUUAUGAUUAUGAUCAUGAGCUGUCUUUGGAAAUGAAGCGCCAAAAGAUUCAGAGAGAACUCAUGAAAUUGGAACAGGAAAACAUGGAGAAACGAGAGGAAAUAGUAAUUAAAAAAGAGAUUUCUCCAGAGGUGGUAAGAUCUAAAUUAUCACCAUCACCAUCACCACGAAAGUCUAGCAAAUCUCCAAAACGAAGAUCCAGUCCCAAAUCAUCAUCCUCAGCUAGUAAGAAAGACAAGAAAGCAUCUACUGUCUCUUCACCACUUUUGGAGCAGCAGAGGAGUUCUAAAAGUAACCAGAGUAAAAAGAAAGGUCCUCGUACCCCUAGCCCUCCUCCUCCAGUACAAGAGGAAACUCCCCUUGGGAAAAAACACAAAGAAAAACAUAAAGCAAAAGAACGUUCAGAAGAAAAGGCAAGGGAGGUGAAAGAGAGAGGGCGUGACUUUGAAAGGCACAAGGAGAAAAAGGAGAAGCAGAGGGAUCCGUCUGAAAGCUCCCGUAGACAGAAACGUUCUCCUAGUCCUGCAGAUCACUCUGGCAGUAAUUCUUCCCCUUCCAGGGAGUACUCACCACCUGCUGCAAGGAGAAGGCAAACUUCCCGAGCUCCAGCCAAGUCAACCACUCACAAGCAUAACUUCUCACCCUCUCGCAGGUCUGCUUCUCCAUCAGGUCAGCAUCAUUCUCCCAUAUCCUCCAGACAUCACUCCUCGUCCUCACAGUCAGGCUCCUCUGUUCAAAGACAUUCUCCUUCCCCACACCGCAAAAGAACUCCUUCUCCAUCCUAUCAAAGGACAGCUUCCCCGCCUGCAAGGCGGUCAUCUUCCCCCUAUCCCCCACACUCUUCCUCUCCACCUCAGAGGAAGCGAAGUCCAUCGAGGCACCGAUCUCCUGGAAGAGACAAGGGAAGACACGAUCGUGAUCGGACUUCACAGUCUCAUGACAGGCGCCACGAAAGGCGGGACGAAACAAGAGGGAAAAGAGAAAAAGAAAGAGAAACAAGAGAUGAUCGUGAUUAUGACCAAGAGCAGAGUACCUCCAGGGACCACAGGGAUGACAGAGAGUCUCGUGAUGGAAGAGAUCGGAGGGACACAAGAGACACCAGAGAUCGGCGGGAGCCGCGGGAAUCCAGAGAUACUCGAGACUCCAGAGACGCCCGGGAUUAUAGCAGGGAUACCAAAGACAGUCGCGACCAGAGAGACUCGCGCUCCACACGAGACUCCCAUGACUACAGAGACAGAGAAAGCCGUGAUGCACAUAAAAAGGAUGACCAGUAUCAAGACGACUUGCGCAGCUAUGGAAGAUCCCAUGGCAGAGAGGAGAGCUCUCGUGCUGAAGCAAGGAAUGACUCCAGAAGUGACUCCAGAAAUGAGAGCAGAAGUGAUAGAACUGGCAGAAGUCGAGGCAGAGGUCCAGAGUUAUCUGACAAAGGAAGUCGGGGGACUAGAGGAUCCCAGGUUGAUGGUCACAGCAGUAGUGGGAACUACCAUGACAGCUGGGAAUCGAGGAGUAGCUACACUGAUCGGGAUCGCUACGACAGUCGGGAUCAAGCAAGGGAUUCCUCCUUUGAAAGAAGACAUGGUGAACGGGAUAGGCGUGACAACAGAGAAAGAGAUCAGAGAGCAAGCUCACCGGUACGACACCAAGGACGGAGUGAUGAUCUCGAGCGGGAUGAGAGGAGAGAGGAGCGAAGGGUCGAUCGGUCUGAUGACAGGAGAGACGAAAGGGCCCGGGAGAGAGAGCGGGAAAGGGAGAGGGACCGAGAGAGAGAAAGAGAAAGAGACCGGGAAAGAGAGAGGGAGAAAGAAAGAGAGUUGGAACGAGAUCGUGCUCGGGAACGGGAGAGGGACCGUGAGCGGGACAAAGACAGGGACCGUGAGCGGGACCGAGACAGAGACCACGACAGGGAAAGGGAACGAGAGAGGGAGAGGGAGAAAGAGCGGGAACGAGAGCGGGAGGAACGAGAAAGGGAGCGAGAACGAGAGAGAGAUCGGGAGCGGGAGCGCGAAAGGGAGAGAGGUCGAGACCGAGACAAAGAAAGAGACCGCCAGAGAGAUUGGGAUGACAAAGAAAAAGGAAGGGAAGACCGCAGGGAUAAGAGAGAAGAUAUUCGAGAAGAAAGAGGCUCAAGAGAUGUCCAUGAGGAAAGAAAAUCCAAGAAGCGUCACAGAAACGAAAGCAGUCCAAGUCCCCGUCAGUCACCCAAACGUCGCCGUGAUCAUUCUCCUGAUAGUGAUGCUUACAACAGUGGAGAUGAUAAAAAUGAAAAGCACAGACUCCUGAGCCAGGUUGUGCGGCCACAGGAAUCCCGGUCACUGAGCCCCUCUCACGUCACAGAGGAGCGGCAGAGCCGCUGGAAAGAGGAAGAGCGAAAAUCGGACAGAAAGGAAAGUUCCCGGCGCUAUGAAGAACCAGAGUUUAAAGAGAGGGUUUCUUCAGCAGAUAAACAAAGAGAGCAACCAGAUGCUUCAGAAGGUUCCCGAUCCAGGGUUCAGGAAAAUCUUGGACACCGUCCUUCUGAAGAAAGAGAUGCUUCUGAUAGGAUGCAUGAUGACAGCAAGAAGAAGUCUAAGAUACAGAAAAAGGCCACAAAGAAGAAGAAAGAUGAAGACAGUGGGGUGGAAAGGUAUGCUAAUGAACCAGCAACUGAGGAAAGCCAGGUCUUUUCCCCCAAGAAGGGUCAAAAACGGAAAAAUGUGGAGAAAAAGCGAAAGAGAUCUAAGGGUGAUUCUGAAGUUUCUGAUGAAGAAGUUGUUCCACAUCAUAAAAAGAAAAAAGGCCCGAGAACCCCUCCUGUAACUAAAGAAGAAUUGGUUGAAGCACCACCUGAGAAAGCAGUGGCAGAGGUCCCCACAAAAAGAGAAGAUACAACAUUUAGUGACUGGUCAGAUGAAGAUGUUCCUGAACGUGGUGACAUUGUUGUUCCAGAAAGAACCACUGAGGAUUCCCAUAGAAAGAGUCACAGGACAAGGACAGAAAAGGUGGAAGCACCUCAUGUUACUAUAGAGGAUGGACCACACCGUAAGCCUGUGGACCAGAAGCGCAGCAGCAGCCUCGGUAGCAAUCGGAGCCAUGCCUCCAGCAGGCUUAGAUCCCCCUCCAAUGAGUCAGCACAUCGCAGUGGGGAUGAUCAGACUGGGCGGAAGAGGAUCCUGCACAGUAGCUCUAGGGACAGGGAUAGGGACAGGGACAGAGAGAAGAAAAGCUUAGAAAUCACUGAAAGGAAGUCCCGAAUUGAUCAGCUGAAACGAGGAGAACCCAGUCGCAGCACAUCUUCAGAUCGUCAAGAUUCAAGAAGCCACAGUUCAAGAAGAAGUUCCCCUGAGUCAGAUCGUCAGGUUCAUUCCAGAUCCGGGUCCUUUGAUAGCAGGGAAAGGCUUCAGGAGCGAGAUCGACAUGAACACGAUCGAGAACGAGAGAGAGACAGGAGAGAGGGGAGACAGAGAGACUGGGACCGAGAUGUGGACAAAGACUGGCCAAGGAGCCGGGACCGAGAGAGACUCAGGGAGCGAGAGAGGGACAGGGAGAAAAGACGGGAGCUGGAGAGAGAGCGGGACCGACAGCUGCCUGAUACUGCUGAAAGAGAGAGAGAGAGAACUCUUGACAUCUCCUCUCAAAAGGAAUCAAAGCACAGUGAAACAAAACUGGACAGAGAUCAUGAAAAGGAGUUUGAUGGUAUUUGCCGGGACUCAGCGACUUCAGAGAAGGAAAAAACAGACAAAGAUUUAGGACCUUUACAAGGCUUUGAAGAUGGAAAUGAGGCUGAAAAGGUAGAGAGUUUAGAAGGAGGAGAGGAUGAAACAAAGACUAAUGAUGUGCAGUCACUGGGGUCUGGUGCUGGAGAAUAUGAGCCAAUCAGUGAUGAUGAACUGGAUGAAAUUCUGGCAGGUGAUGCUGAAAAGCGUGAGGAUCAACAGGAGGAUGAGAAGAUGCCUGGUAAAAAUCCAGUGGAUGUUAUAGAUGUAGACUGGUCCAGUCUUAUGCCAAAGCAGCCGAAAGAACCACGUGAGCCUGGGGCUGCACUCUUAAAAUUCACACCAGGUGCUGUUAUGCUGAGAGUUGGCAUUUCCAAGCGGUUGGCAGGACCAGAGCUCUUCACCAAAAUAAAAGAGACAUGCCAGAGAGUGUUAGAAAAACCUAAAGAUGCAGAAAACCUUUUUGAACACGAGCUGGGAGCACUGAACAUGGCUGCACUUCGGCGAAAAGAAGAGAGAGCCGGCCUUCUCAGCAAUCUGGGUCCUUGCUGCAAAGCACUGUGCUUCCGCAGGGAUUCUGCAAUUCGGAAGCAGCUCAUGAAGAAUGAAAAGGGUGCAACAAAACAAACUUACACAAAUUCCGCAGCGAUGGACAGCGACUUGUUACGGUUGAGUCUACGGUUAUUCAAACGAAAGACUGUGUGCCAAGUUCCCGGGCAGGAAAAGACAGAGGACAGCAAAAUUCCGCAGCCAGCUCUCCAGCAGGAAGUGUGUGUGACUUGAGGAAAUGGCUGCAGUGGCACUUCCUUGAUUUUGAGUUGAUUUCUCACUACCAGUGUGUUGGUGUUGCUGUUUAGAACUGGUGGUUGUAAAGAGGCUCUAGAAGAUGUAAGGAAAUACUCCAUUUGUACACAGUUAAGAAUAUUUGGUUUAGAUGUGAAUAGGAGUGAAAAAUUAAGACUUCUGUGUGGGGGGUCUCUGCAAUUUUUGUAAUAUUGAACCUUACACUGUAACAUAAACCUGUUUUAUGGUGCAUCAAGUGUAAUAAUGUGAAGAUGUCUGGGUUUAGCAGUUUUUAACAUCAACUGAUAUUAAACUGAGGAAAACUGUC